UUAUUCAUUAGUGCAUUAUCUUUUUGUAAUAAAUGAGUAUAAUAAAUACUAAAAGAUAUCUAAUUACUAUAAUCAUACAAUAUUUGAUACUGUUUUUUGAUAUUUUUGUUAAUUCGUUUGCUACUUUCUCUCGAGCGAAUCCAAUUAAUUUGUUAAUUCUCUACAUGGCUCAAGAUGUUUGUCUUAUCACGACUAUCACACUUUUACUAGUUAACUUUUUUUCCACUUACAUUUUUCAGUAUAUCUUUCUCACACAGAUAGGAUUAAUACAAUUAUUAUAUACAAAAUUUCGUGUAACAUUAAUAUUAUGUAUCAUAUACAUAACAUUAAGCAUUAGUCUACAUACAUGGGACAUUAAAAUACAUUGGUCAUCACCUCUUAAAUAUUAUUGGACUAAAGAUUUUCAUGUCUUUUACUCAUUACAUAGAGGAGUUGCAGUUUUACACUAUUAUCUCUAUAAGAGGGCAUCUCUUAGACUUGCAGAUCCAAGGUUCUAUGAAAGUUCAACAUGGAUUCAAAAUCAGUUCAGUUUGCCAUAAUAUUUAUGAACAAAUGAAAUAAAGAAACUAAUAAAAACUUUUCAUUUGUACUAAGUAAAAGAUAUUGAAGAUAAAAAAAUUUUCUUACAAUUUGUGUAAAUAUCUUUAUUUUACUUUGUUUAUAACAAGAAUAUAGUUGAAACAGAAAAUUGAAGUGGUAUAAUUAUUGUAUUAAUUUAAAUGGAAUAAUUUCUUUUAUCUUAAUUUGAAUUUCUCAAAAACAUUUAUCUGAUAUGCAAAAUGAGUCAAUAAAAAUGUCCAUCUAAAAUAACUCAUUUUCUAGUGAUUUUAUAAAAAAAAUUUUUGAAAUGAAAUUUUUUAUAUGCAGAUUUUAUAAAAUUAGAGUUAG